CGCAUGGAAAGGGAACAAAACAUGGCAAUGUUUAUGGAUAGCUACGGGAAUUCUGCCUCAAAUUCUAAAUCCGCGAAGGCUCGUCAUACAAUCUCUAACAUGUCGGGCUAUCAUUCAAACGACAAAGUCCAAAGAACAAUGAUGCCAAGCUUGUCUAGAGAUCCUCAAGGCCUUGAUAUAUCUGCUGCAGCAAUGCGAAGAGCCUUACGACUUGGGGCUGUUUUUGACGAUUUCCAAUAUUCCAGUGGUCCAAUAAGUGACCAACCAUGUGAAACUAUAGGAGACAUAAUGGGAGAAGAUGGCAUCGCGUACGAAGCUAAUGGCUCCAAUUCAUCUAGUCAUGGUCAAGUUGUUUCUCAAACAUACAAUUCAAGAGUUGCGCAAGAGAUCACAUUCAAGAACAAUUAUCAUGAUGGCCAAGUGUCCAACAUAAGUAAGGUUCCCGUUGCGGGCCUUGUGGACUAUCCAGAUUCUGAGGAUUCUGAUUAAGUGGAGAUACCUUAAUUCAACUAGAUACUGAGUAUGGACCUAAGGUAACACUGGACUCCAUGGUGAGUUGAAGAUUAACAUGUUGAGCCGGGCCGGUAAUAUUAGGGGCCUAA